AUGGAAGUUGAAUUACAUUAAUAAAUCCCUCCAUAACUUAAUGUACAAGUAGCUAUUAGAGUUCGUCCUUUUAAUGAAAAAGAAUUGAAGUAAAAAGAGGGUGUUUGUUUGGAGACAUCCGAAAAAUAAGUAACUCUUUUGCAAAGUGCUCGUUUGUUCACAUUUGAUUAUGUUUUUGAUUAAAAUGCUUGUCAAGACUAAAUAUAUAAAAAGUACAAUAAAAUGUUAAUCAUAGAUGUGUUAGCAGUUUAGUUUAGAGAUGUUUUGAAGGUUAUAAUAGUACAAUCCUUGCUUAUGGUUAAACUGGAUCAGGGAAAACACAUACUAUGGGUACUACAGGAAUAGAUUAAUUGUCAAGUAUCGCAGAUUAUGUAUAAAGAUAAAAAUAACUUGGGGAUGAUUCCAAGAGUAAUUACAUAAAUUUUUGAAGAGAUUGAAAAAAUAGACUAAGAAAUUCUUAUUUCAUGUUCAUAUUUAGAAUUAUAUAAUGAAUAAAUAAUUGAUCUCUUAUUAGAGACUUCAAUAUCUAAUUAACCUACUAUAAGAGAAGAAAAGGAUCAUACAAUAACGAUAUUAAAUUUAACUACAAUAUUAGUAAAUAAUCCAAAUGAAAUGCUUUAAGUAUUAAAUAGAGGAGCUGCCCAUCGAACAACAGCAGCUACAUAAAUGAAUAUGACAAGUUCUAGAUCACAUGCAAUUUUCACAAUCUAUUUUAAAAUAAAUCCUAAAGAUGAUUCUGAGGAUGGUACUUUGAAUGCUAAAUUUCAUUUUGUUGAUUUAGCAGGAAGUGAAAGAUUAAAGAAAACAUUGGCUUAAGGAAAAACAAUGGAAGAAGGAAUCAAUAUAAAUCAAAGUUUAUUGGUAUUGGGCAAUGUAAUAAAGACUUUAAGUGAUUAAAAAAAAAAAAGUUAAACUCAUAUUCCUUAUCGAGAGAGUAAAUUAACAAGGUAUUAUAUAAUUGAAUAAUAAUAGAAUAUUGUAAGAUUCUUUAGGUGGUAACUCAAAUACUUAUAUGAUAGCUUGUGUGUCUCCAGCAGAAAGUAAUUAUGAAGAGACUUUGAAUACUUUGAAAUAUGCAUCAAGAGCAAGAGAAAUUUAAAAUAAACCAACUUAAAAUAGAGUAUAUAUAUAUAUAUAAUAAAAAAUUAGGAUCCUCAUGCAAUAUAAAUUUUAAGUUUGAAAUAGGAGAUAGCAACAUUAAUUGAAUAAAAUAAAUAGUUUUAAGAAUUGCUUUAAGUAAAUGGAGUUAAAUUUGAUUAAAUAAAAAAAGUGUCAAUAUCAUAGUAUUCUUCAAAUAUUCCACAUACUUGUGAGGAACAUGUAGAAAUAAUUCAAAAAUAGAAAUAAGCUUUAAUUGUAUGGGAACGUCUUGGAUCUCAGCAUAAAUUAGAAGUGUAAAAAUUAUAAGCUUAAAUAAAUGAUUUAGAAAUAGAAUUACAUAAUUUAAAAAAGAAAAAAGAUAUUAUUUUUAAAUAAUUUUAAGAUGCUAAAAAGUAAAUUAAAAUAUUAAUUUAGAAUAUUAUAAAAGUUUAAUAUACCAUUUACUAAUUAUGAUGAAGAUGAUGAAAUUGAAGAUUUGUAUGAUGAAGUUGAUAAAUUAAAAUAAGAAUCAAAGGAAAAAGAUUAUAAAAUUUUAACUAUGUAAAAAGAGAUAGAUGAACUUUUAUAGGUAGUUUUUAUUGUUUAAAUACUAGGAUAGGAUGCACACAGAGAUUAAUACAUUUUGUGUAAAAAAUAAAAGGAGUUAAUGAUUCUUUAAAGGAAAAUUGAAAAAUUAGAUACUAAAGAUAAUUUUGAAUCUCCAAUUCAAGAUUCAGAAUGUGAUGAAGAAAUUAUUUGCAAUGAUUCAAUGAUAAAAGAGACAAAUUAAUAAAUUGAAGAAUUUGAAAGCAAUUUAUAGGUUAUGACUAUUAGAAAUUUUGAACUUAAACGAUAAUUAGCUGAAGAUAUGAAAAAAGAAUUUUAAUAAUAGAUUUCUAUGUUAGAAUCUUAAAAGGCUUCUUUAAUGAAAUAAGUAAAUUAAAAAUAAGAUGCAACAUAAUUAAAUUAAUUAAAAAUUAAAUUAUAAGAAUAUGAAUAAAAAAUAGGAGAAAUGAGAUAAAAAGAAUAAAAUAUGAGAUAAAUGUAAAAGAAAUUGGAAGAAUAAGAAAAUUAGGUUAAAGAUUUAAAAAUAAAUAUAGAAAAAAUGAAAAAAUAGAAAGUAGAAUUGAUUAAAAAAAUGAAAUCAGAUAAUGAAAAGUAUAUUAAAGAUAAAGAGGAGAAAUAAAAAGAGUUGAUUUUAAUUAAAAAACUUAAAAUUUAAUAAGAUGCUGCUUUGAGUAAAUUAAAAAAUGAAAAUUGUAAAAAAGAAGUACUUCUUAGAAGAAAAGAAGAUGAAAUAUUAAAGUAGAGAAAUGAGAAAGUUAUAGAAAAAGGAACAAGUUAAUCAUUUAAGAAAUCUUAAAAAGUUUAAGUUUAUGAUUAAAUGGAAAAAUAAAUAGAAUCCUUAUUCUCUUAAUUAAUAUCUGGAGGAUAGGCAGAUAUUUAAAUAAAAAAGGAAAUAACAAAAUUAGAAUAAUUAUAAGAGGAAAUUAAUUAAAUAGAAUAGAAAAUUUGUUAGUUAUAAAUAAAAAGAGAAUAAACAUCAUUUGAUUAAAAUAAUAAAAAUAGUUUAAACUAAAUUGAAUUAGAAUUAAGUGAUAUAAUAAUAAUAAGAGAAAAUAUAAAUGAGACAAUAGAUUAUUAAUUACAUAAAAUAGAGUAAUUAAGAAAGAAUUGUAAUAAUUGUACAGAAAUAUAUACUAAUUUUUUAACUAAUUCUGAAUUUAGAGAACUUCCAAAUUGGUGUAUUAGAACAUUUAAAUUUUUAAUUGAUAAUUGGAUUAAAGAUCAUUUGUAAAUGUAGAAUUUUAGUUAAUAAAAUGAUGAAUUUUAAUAAGUAAUUUAAGAAUUAGUAUAAUAAUUAUAAAAACCACUUUAAGAGAUUAAUUGUAAUUCACCUACUCUUAAAAAAAAGAUUGUCAAAUAAUAAAUUUCAUCAUAACCUAAUGAUGCAUUGGAACUUAGAAAAUAACUUAAUGAUUAAAAAAGAAAGUAUUAAUUCUUAUAAAAUGAAAAUAAAAAUAUGAUAUCAGAUUUAGAAUAUUAUAAGAAAUUCUAUACAGAACAUAUAAAUAAAGUAUAGAAAGAUAAAUGUAUUGGUUUAAAUGAUUAAAUAUAAAUUCCAUAAAGUUAGAGUUAUUAAUAAAUAAGAGAUGCUUAUAAAUUGGAAAGAACCAAAUAGAAGGAAUUAUCCUUAAAUUUAAGUUUUUAAAAACCAUAAAUAUAAAAUUCUGCAAUAAAGAUUGCAAAAGUAUGUAAAUCAGAUAGAGAAGGAUAUACUGAUUAAUUUAGUUAGGCAUAAGAAGAACAAGAAUUAAGAUAUGAGUAUUAAAUGAUAGUUAUUUAAUAGUGUAAUUAAAUCAAUACCUGGUCAUGAGAAUCCUAUAUUGUGUGUAUAUACAAUGUAAAAUUUAUUAUGUUCAAGUGCAUUUAGAUCUGUAAAGAUAUGGGAUAUGGAUGCAUAAUCUCAUAUAAUAUCAUUAGAUGCAAAUACACAUGUUAAAUCAAUAUGUCAUUGGCCAGAGAGGAAUGCAAUUGCAGUAUCUCAUGGAUCUUAAAUUUCAUUAUAUGAUAUGACUUCAUUUUAAUUAUAGAGUGUAUUAAAAUCUUCAAUAGAAGAAAUAAGAGUAAUAACUAGACAUAAUGGUUUAUUAGUGGCAGGUGGAAAAGGAAUUAAUUAUGCUAUGAAUGUUUGGGAUGCAAGAUCAAAUAAGUAUUAAAAUAUAAUAAUAUAUUAAGUUAAAUUCAUGAAUUUGAGAAGUCAAGUGAUGUUAUGUGUUUAUAAUAAUCUGAUUAGACAUAAGAGUUGAUCUGGGGAACUUUUAAUCAUAAUGUGAGAAAAAUGAUGAUGAAUAGUAAUAAAUAUGGUUAGAUUGCAUAAAUGACACCUCCACAUUAUGAUAAAGUUACAGGAGUUGGUUUACUUGAUAAUUGGAUAGUGAGUUGUUCAUUUGGUAAAGGAAUGAGAAUGUGGAAUUAAAUAAAUGGUUAAUAAGGAUAAGCAAAUUCUGAUAUACAUAAAGAUUCAAUAUUAACUAUGGCCAGUAUAAUUAUUGAUUUAUUAUUAUUAUUAGUUGAUAAAACACUUAAAGUGAUGUAUACUGGAUGCAAAGAUGGAUAAAUUAAAGCAACUAGAAUUAGUGAAAAUAAAUUUUAACUUGUUAGUGAUAUUAGUGCUUCUGUUUAAUAAAUAAAUUCUCUUAAUAUCAUAAAUGAUAGUUCACUUAUUGUAAGUGGUGGUUAAGAUAGAAUGAUUAAAAUAUGGAAGCCUUCUAAAUUUACUUAUGAUUAUUUAAAAUAAUAUACUCCUAAUAUUGGGGAUUUUAUUAUAGAAGAAGAUCAAUAUAUGUUUAAUUGA